AUGCGUAUCCCUCCCGAACGACUACAACGACCAUUCAUCAUUUCUUCGAUAAUCUUUUCCGGAACACUUAUUGGCCUAUUGGCUUGGGCCGUGUCUACUGUACAUGGCGGUGGACCGAUGUGGAAGCAACCUGGACAGCCAAUCAAUGGCAGCGUUGGGUGGUCGAUGGUGUUUGGGAUGACUUCAAUCCUAGGAUCUUGGGGCGGUGGUACGCUAGGUCAGAGCGAUUGGACGCGAUAUGCCAAUCGACCAUUGGCACCUACACUUUCCCAAAUGUUUGCCGCUCCUUUAAUGAUUAUCGUGACGUCAACAAUCGGUAUUGUGGUCACUUCGUGUGCAUCGCAAAUUGUUGGCGAAGUUAUAUGGAACCCUAUCGUUCUUGUGGGAAGACUUCAAGACUUCUAUGGCAACUCCCCUCGAGGUAUGGACUCCGACAUUUUUUACGGAGGGAACGGUCUAGACUGA